AUGAACACUGGAACGAAGAGGAAGCUGCAGUCAAACUCUGACGCAGGAGUACGGACAAUCAAGUUGUACCGGGCACUUGUAAUUGAUGCAGGAGGUAAUGGGAACUCAAAUUCUAACGCAACAGAAGUCAGGAAUUAUUCUGAUCAUCCAAAUCAGUUGAUCUUGGGAAAAGGUGAUCCUCAAGCCAUUUAUAACUACCUCUGUCGUAUGCAAUUAACAAAUCCAAAUUUCUUUUACUUGAUGGAUCUUAAUGAUGAAGGGCGUGUGAGGAAUGCGUUCUGGGUGGAUGCCAGGUCCAGGGCUGCAGGUGGUUACUUUAGUGAUGUAAUCAAUGGAGGAAUUAGUAAUGGGCUAACCUGGGCUAUAGCCCAGCCCUCCCUACUUUGCAAUCCUGGCUCCGCCCUGGAUGUAAUAUUAUUUGACAAUACUUAUUUGUCAAAUAAACAUGAGAUCCCACUCGUGACGAUUGUUGGGCUAAAUCACCAUGGUCAAUCAGUUUUACUGGGUUGUGGCCUGCUUGCAGGCGGGACAACAGAGUCCUAUUUGUGGAUGUUCAAAGCAUGGGUCAGUUGCAUGCCAGGAUGCUCUCCACAAACCAUUAUUACAGACAGAUGCAAGUUUUUGCAGAGUGCAGUUGCUGAGGUUUUUCCAAGAUCUCAACAUCGUUUUGGUUUGUCACACAUCAUGAAAAAGGUCCCAGAGAAAUUGGGAGGACUGCACAAUUAUGAUGCCAUUAGAAAGGCAUUGAUUAAAGCAGUUUAUGAGACUUUAAAACCGUUCGACUUUGAAGCAGCAUGGGGAUUUAUGAUCCAGCGCUUUGGAGUUGGUGAGCAUGAGUGGCUCCGGUCUUUGUAUGAAGAUCGAGCUCGAUGGGCUCCAGCGUAUUUAAAAGACACAUAUUUUGCUGGAAUGGCUGCUGCACGGCCCGGUGAGAUCCUGAAUGCAUUUUUUGACAGGUAUGUGCACAAACAAACUCCUUUGAAAGAAUUUCUCGACAAGUAUGAAUUAGCUUUACAAAAAAAGCACAAGGAAGAAGCACUUGCAGAUAUGGAGUCUAGAAACUCAAGUCCCACCUUGAAAACAAGAUGUUCCUUUGAGUUUCAACUGUCCAAAGUGUAUACAAGAGAAAUAUUCAAGAAGUUCCAAAUCGAGGUGGAGGAGAUGUACUCUUGUUUCAGUACAACACAAUUACACAUUGAUGGACCAAUCAUAAUAUUCUUGGUGAAGGAGCGUGUUUUGGGAGAGGGAAAUAGGAGGGAGAUCAGGGAUUAUGAAGUUCUGUACAAUAGAGCAGCAGCAGAGGUUCGUUGCAUUUGCAGCUGCUUUAACUUCAAUGGUUAUCUAUGCCGGCAUGCAUUAUGCGUGCUCAACUUCAAUGGGGUGGAAGAGAUCCCUUCUAAGUACAUUCUUUCACGGUGGAAAAGGGAUUACAAGCGUUUAUAUAUUCCCGAUCUCGGUUCCAAUAAUGUCGAUGUUACUGACCGGGUUCAAUGGUUUAAUCAGUUAUAUAGAAGUGCUUUGCAAGUUGUAGAGGAAGGGGUAAUUUCCCUUGACCAUUACAAGGUUGCUCUACAAGCAUUCGAAGAGUCGCUGAAUAGGGUUCAUGAUGUAGAAGAAAAGCAGGAAUAACAUAAAAUGAUUGUGAGUUUCUCUGUAACUAAACUGUUACCAUUCCUUUCUAUCCUCUCCUGUUGUUGAGGGAAUGACUCCAGCUGUUCUUGUGCAUAAUGUAUUAUUCUUCACGAA